GCGGCUGAGAAAGGAGCGAGCACAUUUACGCGCCUGGAUGCGGCAGGAGAGGAAACUAGACAAGCUUCUCCUUCUUUUCCUUUUUUCCCCUCCCUCCAUUUGGACACGACUGGUGGUGUCAUUUCUAACUUUUCUACACCAAAUAGAUUUUUUAAAUGAUGGAAAGCACAGAGUUUGCUGCGCCUCACCUGCACCGCAUCGGACUAACUGCGGACUAACUGCGUUAUUCAUUUUUUACGCACCGCUUUUCUGUUUCACCAUCAUAACAACUCACCUUUAUUUUUGCAACCAAAUUGACAGUUGAAGGACUGGACCGGGAUAACACUUAAAACGCUAAUAAGUGGAAUGGAGGUGUGUUGCUUUUUGCUUCAUUAACCCGCCGGUGCGCAACUUCAGCACUCCGGAUCUCGCCAAAUGGGAUCGCUCCUGCCUGCUGAGACGGACGCACGGCUUUGACACUCCUCCCAUCAUGCUUCUUCUCAUCCUCCUCCUGCAGUGAAGAAUAAUAAUACGAUUACAAGGAUGGCUGACUUGUGGCAUCGCAUCGAUGUGCACCUCCUCACGCCGAGGACUCGCCGGACGCGCCUUCAAGAGCUCUAGAAUCUAAGUCCUUUAUUUGGCUCGAAGCCAAACGAAUGUUCUCCCAUGGAGGUGGGACAACCUUGGGGAUCAAACGACGGGAAGCCCGUCAACAAGAGACGCAUCGGGUGAAAUAGGAGCUCCUGUCUUCACACAGCACGCCUCCCCAAACCCACCCCGGCGCGCGUGGCUGUACGUUGAUGUGCAAGCAGUCUGCAUGGAAAUGAAGGAGCGGAGAAAUCUUGUUGCGCCCGUCAACUGUACUGUUUCUCCGUCGGCUGGGAGCGCUUCUGCAGCACCUUUCCACCCAUGCCCCAUCGAUGCCGUCCCGCUUCUCCAGAAGGAGCCCAACACCCCCAGCUUUGGGCUGCUAAAUGAUUUUCUGGGGUUGGACUUUUAACCGACGAGAUGAUGCUCGUACUCCUGCUGGCAGCCUUUUCCUCCUACAUCUCAAGCUCCUCCCUAUCCUCCCCCAUGUCAGACGGACCCCCGAUGGCAGACCCUUCUGCUCCGGACUUGAUGUCUGAGACUUGCAGCGCCUGCUCGUGCAUGUCGGUGGAAAACGUGCUGUACGUCAACUGUGAAAAGAUUGCCGUUUAUCGGCCAACGCAGCUCAUCCCGCCGGUGUCGUCGUUAUAUCACCUCAACUUCCAAAAUAACUUUUUAAUUAUUCUCUACCCAAACUCGUUCCUCAACUUCACCCAUGCUGUGUCUCUGCAGCUUGGCAAUAAUCAGCUGCAGAAUAUUGAAGGUGGCGCAUUUAUGGGGAUGAGUGCGCUGAAACAGCUGCACCUGAACAAUAAUGAGUUAAAGGUGCUGCGAGCAGACACUUUUCAAGGAAUAGAAAACUUGGAGUACCUUCAGGCUGACUACAACUUGAUCAAGUAUAUUGAAAAGGGGGCAUUCAAUAAACUGCACAAGUUAAAAGUGCUGAUUCUAAAUGACAAUCUCAUACAGGCACUUCCUGACAAUAUAUUCCGCUUUGCCUCCCUCACACACCUGGAUAUAAGGGGGAACAGGAUCCAGAAGCUUCCAUAUUUGGGAGUCCUGGAGCACAUUGGACGGAUUGUUGAGCUCCAGCUAGAUGAUAACCCCUGGAAUUGUACAUGUGAUUUAGCGCCUCUCAAGGCAUGGCUUGAAAACAUGCCGUAUAAUAUUUUUAUUGGAGAGGCGAUAUGCGAAACACCAAGUGACUUAUAUGGAAGGCUCCUAAAAGAAACCAACAAGCAGGAGCUUUGCCCCAUGGGUACAGGAUCUGACUUUGAUGUUAGAAUGCCACCUGCACUCCCUGAUACGGGUCAAUCACCCUCCAAAAUAUCCCCCACCUCUGUGGUUCCCGUUACCACAAAAUCGUCAAAAACCACCGACUCCUCUAAAGUUUACGGUAAUGGCAUCGUGGCUGGUUCGCCCCCAUUUGGAAGAAAUAGCCAGAUGGUUUCCUUUCAAACACGGACACCGCCUCUGCUGUGCCCCCAGCCCUGUAGUUGUAAAACCCACCCUUCUGACUUUGGCAUUAGUGUCAGUUGUCAAGAAAGAAAUAUUAAGAAUUUAGCAGAUCUCAUUCCUAAACCCCCAAAUGCCAAGAAACUUCACUUAAGUGGGAACUACAUUCAUGACAUAAGCCCGACCGACUUCCAAGGGUUUGAAGGUUUAGAUUUGCUGCAUCUUGGCAGCAACCAAAUUGUAACUGUUCAGAAAGGCGUGUUUUCUAACCUCACCAACCUCAGAAGACUGUAUCUGAACGGGAACCAGAUCGAACAGUUACACCCUGAGAUGUUUUUGGGCCUCACAAAUCUACAGUACUUAUACUUGGAAUACAAUGCCAUCAAAGAAAUUCUAGCAGGCACAUUUGAUUCCAUGCCAAACCUACAACUCCUGUAUCUCAAUAAUAACGUUUUGCGCAGUCUCCCCGCCUACGUGUUUGCUGGUGUCUCUUUAGCCAAACUCAAUCUGAAAAACAACCACUUCAUGACCCUGCCGGUAAGCGGUGUCUUGGACCAACUGCGGUCUUUGACCCAGAUAGACCUAGAGGGGAACCCCUGGGAGUGUUCCUGCGAUUUGGUCGCUCUCAAACUGUGGCUAGAAAAGCUAAAUGAUGGAGUGGCUGCUAAAGAGGUGAGAUGUGCCUCUCCUGUGCAGUUCACCAAUAUUGAACUGCGCCUCUUAAAAAAUGAGAUCCUGUGCCCUAAGCUGAUAGCACGGCCACCAUUUAUUUUUACCAGUGCCACCCCUCUUUUGACUUCAUUGUCGCCUGCAGGGGUUGGAAAAGCACCUCCAGGAGGGCCUGUACCUCUGUCAAUCAUGAUCCUUAGUAUUCUUGUAGUGCUAAUUCUUACAGUGUUUGUGGCCUUCUGCCUUCUAGUCUUUGUCCUCAGAAGGAAUAAAAAACCAGUUGGUCGACAGGAACUGGGGAACCAGGAGUGUGGGUCAAUGUCACUGCAGCUUCACCGGCACGGACAUAAGUCAGGCAAGAAAGGUUCUAUCCCAGGAGAUGAUUUGGGAGGCGAAACAUUUAUCCCUCAAACCAUUGAACAUAUUGGCAAGAGCCACACAUGUGGGAUCGGACGCUCGUCGGAUAUGGAUGCUGGGUUUAAGUUUGCUGACUCGCAGAGGCAGAAGAUUAUCCUUCGGAGUAGCGCAGACAAGGAUAAAGACGCACUUUCCACCCUGGAGCGCAACAAGCGCCUCAGCACAAUCGACGAACUCGAGGAAUUCCUACCAAAUCGAGAACCCAGCAUGUUCAUCCAGAACUUCCUGGAUGGCAAGAGAGAUUUCAACAGCAUUGGAAUGGGCGGAUAUGAAAUCCGUUACCCAGAGAAAUCUCUGGACAGAAAGAUGAAGAAAUCAUCGCUGAUAGGUGGGAACCACAGUAAAAUUGUGGUGGAGCAAAGAAAAAGUGAGUAUUACGAGCUGAAAGCCAAGCUCCAAGGAACACCUGAUUACCUUCAGGUGCUUGAGGAGCAGACUGCUCUAACUAAAAUGUAGACAUUGUUGUCUUUGAUUCAGUACAGUGAUUACACACAGACAGGAUCGUUUCACACACACAUAUACAGGCAGAAAGAUGGUCGUACUUUUCAUUCGCUCUUUCUCCCUCUGUCGGCGCGCACAACAUUUAACCCCAACCCUUUUCUAUCUUUCUUUAUCUCUUUGCAGCCAGCUGUGCGCACACACUCCCACGCACACACACACAUACAGCAAAAAAGUGCCUUCUGGAGAUUCUUAAUGACCAAUGCAUAGAUGGACUACAAAGUUUUUAAUUUGGAUCAGCGAGGAUAUUGGUGAGAGUAAACGACCUAUGGAUCAACUUACCACGAUACCGCAGGACAGCCUAAAAACAACAGACUGUCGUUUGCUGCUAUGGAAAUGGCUACUUUGUUUUUUUUAUUUUAUGUUUUUUUUUUUACUGCCAAAUCAAAUGCUUGGAAACUGUGCUUGAGAAUAUACCUCGCAGGCUCCAUCCCUCAUUUUCAAACAAGAAAAAUGGAAACAGAAUAAUGAGGGCACCUCAGUUGUUUUCUUCUAUGUAUCCGAUAUAGCUACUUCUGGGAUUAGUUACAAAGGAUGAAUCCAUGGAUGCUACCUUGCUUUUUCCCGCUUUGUAAGGAUAUUUGUUUGUUGUUAGGGAAGCUCUCCGGGGCCGGCCGCAGACUUAAUGCCAUUUUGUCCGGAUUAUAAGCAAGUGGCAGAAUACCUGUCAGGCUAAAUGGCUCCUGCUUUGUGUUCACAAGAAGGCAAUGCACUGCAGAACUCCUUUGGGAAUGAUUUCAUGACUUGUUUCCUUUGUGUAAAGAGCCAUGUUAAUAUAUAGUGUAUUCUGAAUGGAGCUGUGUUACCACUUCAAGUUGCGACUUCAAGCUAUGUUUUUGAGGGAAACGGAAUCAGCAACUACACUGUCAAACCAUGAUGUUUCUUAAAAAUGACAACCCGAGGAUAAACGAGUACAAAGUUGCUUGCCAUGUAAGCGUAACUUGGAAUUUAUUUUGUAAGUCUUACAUUAUUUGUAUCUGUGGGACUGGUUUGUAAAUGACAAAGACAAAAACAUGCACACACACACACACACACACACACACACACACACACGCUGUAUGGCCGAGCAUCAUCAUCAAGAGACUAUAACUUGGAAAUGUCAGAGAUAUGACUCAAUCAACGAUUACACCACCCUUGUCAGCUUUCAAAUCAUAGUCAAAUUAUCUCAAAACAUAGUUAAUUUAUUUUUUCUAUGCAGGGCUAUUUAAAGAGUUUAUGGUAUUUUACCCCAAGAAGAAGUAACUUUCAUCAGCGCUAAGAUAGGUCACGGGUAGACGUGAUUGUUGAUUUGUUCAAUGUUUUUUUUUUUUUCCUUAUUCGCACAUCUCCCGCAGCAUCUUGUAAAAGGUUUCCUCUGAACAUUAUGCAACCAAAAUAAAUGUGCAUUCAACUUAAAUAAGAUUCUGGAUUGUGGUGACAUUUUAAAAGUGUGGGGUCCGAUUCAUGUCAUAAAACAACAUGUGCAAUAUUAGGAAAUACUCCAGUCAUAAUGGCUGUUUGUUUUCAUUUAUUUAGUUUGAGGUAAUGUUGUUAGACAGGUUCUACUUCAAAAUUCAUUACUAUACCGUCUUUAUUUAAAAGUAUUGUUAAGUUAAACUGAUGAGUGUUCGUUGCAAAAUGAAUAGAAUGUAUCUUGGAAAGUAUAAUAAAUACAAUUUUCUAUCAGUCAGAAAUCUCUUGUGUAAUGGCUAAUUUUCUCUUGUACUAUCAUGUUCAAAUGAAGGUAUUAAAAUGAGCUAUUGUAUUCGCACCGUGUCCCCACAACUUCUUUUUUUCACUGUUUUAGGUUUCCCACAAAGCUUUACUUGCUCAGGCAGAUUUUUAGUUGACUCCUUCACUGUCUGAUUGCCUGAUAGUUUAGCGUUGCAUGCAUGACAGCUCAGCUAAGUAGAAAAAAAAGUUGGCCUUGUGUGUUCGUGUCAAGGAAACCGGUUGGGGAAACAAGCAUCUGCGUAUUCAUCUGCAGGCUAUGAAAACUGUGUUUAAUAUUUUAAUUCCAAAUAUACCAAGGAGACCAGAGACUCCCUCAUUGCUGAGAAUGUUUCGGAGGAAGCGUCAAUUCAAAUGUGUCUUUAUUUUGUCCUUAUUUUCCCUGUCUGUGGGAGAAUUUUGUGCCACAACAGGUAUAAAGGUUUCUUCUGUUCCAGGCACAAAUCAAACAUUCAUGCUCGUUCCAUUUCAGGGUAAAAAAAUUCAGAUUUCCGUCUGUGUUAAUCCAACCUAUGGAGCUUUUGGGAAACAGAGUAGCUGAAAGUAUGACUCAUUCAGACGCCAGAGAAUUGUCCUCAUUAAUUAUGAAUACUUUGGCAGUUCUGAACUAAAAAAGGAUGUGGGAAAGGGGAGUGCAUGGGAUAUGUCCACACCGCUGAAUGAGCUCAGUUUUACACGUUAUUUGUUAUUAUAUUGCUUGGUAAUAAUGCAACGCAUAUAUACGUGGAUGCUUGAUGGCGAAUUGGUUGCAUAAGUGUCCACUCAGUCCACCAUGUGUAUAGUAUUACAGUUACUAGUUAUUUUCCCCAAAAAAGUAAUUGAAUUAGUAACAGAGUUACUUCAUAAAUGUAAUUAGCUAAUGUGGAAAGUAAUUAUUGUGUAACAUUUUUUAAAAAAGCUUCAAUGUGUAAAAUAAUCGGGAUUUAGCAUUUUAGAGGUGUUUGACAGAUGUUUGAUGGAUCACAAUGCUCCGGCUCACGAUUGUUGUAUUGAGCUCUGAGAUGUGACGUUCACGAACGAGUCGAGUCGUCUGAAUGGCUCUGCUAAGCGAAUCGUGAGAGCCUAUUCCCGGUGGCAUGUAAGGACGACUUCUUGUUAUAUCUGAUAUUUUUAUGGAUGCAAAUCGGUUCUCAUUGUUCCUUUAAAAGAGUCGUUCGCAAGAGUCGAUUCUUUCACUAACAUUAUGUCUCUAUGAGCAAACAGAAGAGCGGAUAACAGCUGUCAAAUAUCCGUUCAUAAUAACGCAAAUAGUGCAAAAUACAGUAAUCCUGUGCCACUUUGCGCUUCAAAUUUUGUAGCUUUACUCUACUCCCUUAAGGUUUACAUAUUUUUUGCUUAAAUUAAGCAUUUUCAGGCAUAAAAAUGGCUAAACGUAAGUAAAAUACAAAUAUAACACAUUCAAAAGACACAUUCAAGACGUGGUGAUAUGUAGCAUUCUACACUGGUCACCAGGUGUCAGUCAUGAUACUGUUAUGUUCGGUGAGACACACAAGCACCAGGCUUCACUGCAGGAACAACAGGCUUUUAUUGCAUUCAUUUAUACAUUUAAAACAUUUCACUAAAAUUAAUUAAUCACGCAUUUUAACCCAUAAAAAACACGUGACAAACACUUUUGAAACGCCCGCGUUAGUUUAUCCCGAGUAGGGAUCAGGCGAACACACUUUUCUGUAUUUUCAAUCUUUUAGAGACAAAGUUGUCUGGAGGAUGUCACAAAGUACAGCGCGCUGGACCUCCGCUCAUCAAGCAAGGAGCAGGAAUUUCUAAAACUAGGAAGGGCCUACUCUGAUAUGCUAUCCUUGAGUCUCGCCCAUGCAGGGGCGUUACUCUCUUCUCAGUGGAUCAGCGUGUCAGACUAUGUGUUAGCAUUUAACUGGCUCGAGCUCGUGUCACUCAAGGGUGUGUGUGUGUGUGUGUGUGUGUGUGUAUGUGCGCGCGCUAUAGUGUGCAAGCAGAGGCAAGCUUGAUAAGGUUGCCAGGCAACCUGUCUGGGCAAAAUUCAAGUAACAGUGCAACCAUUGUUUAAGCCUACAGUAAUUUUAUUGUAUAAUUCUGGUCAACUCUAACACUUUAAAUGUCCUAAAAUGGUCUGUGUUCAGCUUUCUGCUUGACAUUAACUCAGUAAGUCCCUAUGUGAUGGAUAUACAGUAGGCCCUCGUUUAUCACACUUAAUUGGCUCCAGACACGACUCUGAUAUUAUCAUUAUUGUUUAUAAAUGGAAUAUUUUCAUAGUUACAGCAUACAAAACAUGUUUAUGACUUUCUAAAUGAGUUAUUUAACACGAUCAGAGCCAUCGAGACAUGAAAUAACACCCCUAUUAAAUACACCACACACCUAUCACCGGAUAUACAGUAUUAGACAUAAUCAGAGAAAAUAUGACAUAAUAUAGACUCACACGUGUUAGCAUUGGAAGAGUUUCGUGUUGUUGUGUUUUUUACUUCCUGUUCUGUGCAGUACUUCCCGCAGUGACUAUUGUCUCAUCAAUGUAACAUUACUGACACCUAAUAACCAGUGUAAAAUAAUACAUACCAUGAAUGCAUCAUCUGAAUGCCUUAUAAUUGUACUUUUAUUUUUGCCAUUUUUAUGCUUGAAAAUUAAGGGAAAAAAAUGGGUAAAAUUUGCUUAAAUAUUUUUUUUUCACUACUAUAUGGUGCGAAGUGGUGAGAGAUUACAAACUACGGCCAUUUCUGACAUAGAUAAUAUGCUUUGUCACCUAUAAGACACAGCUAACACAAAGUUUGUCUUUAAAUUUAUAAAACAUAUAUAUAUAUAUAUUUUUAGCCUUUUUACAAAAGAAAAAGUAUGUAAUAAAAUAAAAUGGCCCCAGCAUCCUUUAACUUUUACAUGUGUGGCCCUCGGUGGAAAAAGUUUGGACACUCUUGGAUUACUAUAUAGAAAACAUUUGGAGUGGUCACCAUGUGACUGUCAUGUGACUACUCCAGGCCAUGGUUUCCCCCAAAAUGGCAGGGUGUCUAAUUUCCAAAAGCUCAUUUUAGGACAAUUCCAGUUCUUUCAUAUUUAAAAAUUUGAAAUAUAUUUCAUAGUCAAAUAUCACAAUGCAACUCUUCUUACCAUAUUUAUGAGUUUAUAUAAAACAAACUAGGAAUAUGUGAUUGGCUUUUAUUUUUAAAAUUACUCUGGAAAGCCUGACGCAACGUAUUUGCCACAAUAGUCAAAAUGGGAACAAAAUUCUUACUUAUUUUUCUUCGUUUUCCAGAAAUUUGCUAAUAUUUCCAAAAUGUUAAGGAAUGUCAAUCAAAUGCAAAUGUUAGACAAUUAUUUUAAAAUAAUAUACAUUCUUUGUAGUACAUUUGUCGCAAAUCUUUGACAUUAACAGAGCAUUUUAUUUUAAAAAAGAAUCCGUCUGCGGUAUAUCACCCAUCAUUUUCCUUGAAGCAGAAAUGGGCCUGGGUCCUUAUGGGUUAAAUACGUAAACCAAUAAGUGCAGAAUGGAUGGACGCCAACCGCCGUCUGGAAUUUUUAAAUAAAUAAAUCACGAUGAAUCCGUUUUAUUCUGCUGUCAUGAAUAAAAUCCAAAUGACAGUAGAUCCUUAUGUGGUAUGACAUUUCCAUUAAAUGUUUGGUUUUGUGUCGUCCUUUGGUAAGUGGCUGCAGCAGCAGUGUGUGUCUAUUGUCAGUCCGCGGCGUGUUCGGGAAUGUGACUCUGGCGGUUUUGGCAUCUGUUGUGGUCAGGCUUACGUUUGAAAAGGGAUGAAAGGGGGUGGCGUCUCCCUGGUUGCUGCUAAUUACUCAGUGCAUCCCCGAUGAGAGGGAAACCAUACCUUGCCCGACCCCCACACACACACACCCCGAGCCAACUGCCUCAUUAAAUUCACAUGUCACAUCCACCAGUGCCGUUCUGUUGCGGAUAUCAGACUCAUUUUUAAUGACAUGGUUAAGGCUGUUGGUGUCUUAAACAGUCAAAUGUGAACUGUUUGAGUUGUGAGUCAGUGUUAUUCUGAGUUUCAAAAGCCCUUGAGCACAAAGACUGAAGCAACAAUUUGUAAACUUGCACCAGAACAUAAUGUCACAAGCCAGAAGCAAAAUGCUGCAUUUUGUCUUUCUUGCUCCUAUUUUUGCUUUUACAAUAACAAUAGAAUACGUUAUUUGUUUCAAAUCAUAUUAUAUGACUUAAAAAUACCACAAAAGUGCCAAAAAUAAAAGGAUAAUUAGAGCCACCUUAUAACGUGUCAGAACCUCUUAAAGGAAAUCAUUGAGUGAGCUAAAGUAAAAGUCAUAAUUAAACAUUCAUAAAUGAGAGUAUUAUUGUCUGUCUUUUGAUAUUUCCCCACCAUCAUGAUUUUAUGCGUCAUGCUUCAGUUCUUUGAACAAGGUUCUGAGUGAAUCACAAAGGCGGAAAACGCUUGAGGUCUUGAAAAUUCAUUCAGUUUUAUGUGAAAUAAGCUCUCCGAUGACUGCUUGGUUCUGAUGCAUACAGGUCCAGAGGUAUUUGAAGUGCAACAUCAUUUUUAUCCUCCUGAGACCCAGCAAUGCAUUGUGUCCUCUGUACGAGACAAAUAAAAUCUGUCACUAGUCACACCAUUUUUGCGGUUUUUGUGUUUUUAAAAGUAGAAAUUGUGUGAUUUUUAAGUGUACUCAAUAGUAUGAGGUACAAUUUUUUUCAUAUACAGUAAUCCCUCAUUUAUUGCUGUUAUAUUUAGCCAGGCUAGCUAUAGCCGGCAGGUAUACCUGAUAUAUUUUUGUGUCUCAGGGGGUGUGAUACGUCACCACAAAGGAAACAACCAAGAUAUUAUUCAAAUGUGGACUUUCACACAAGUAUGGCAUUCAUCAUUUUCAGAAUUUCAACAUUACCUUCAUUUUCAGGGGCUCAAUAGUAUUUUGAAAAAAAAAAAAAACGAUAAAAACCUGGCGUUUAUCAAAUAUUGAGUCAGUAUUUUCACAAAAAAUGGUAUUACCAUUUUGGAAUUACAGGGAUUUCAUGCACAGAAGCCCUAUUUUUAGGGGCUCCAAAACAUUCUUUCGACGAGUGAUGUUUGGUGUUUCUCCCUCCCUAAGUGGCUGCUUCGGGCCCUGCAGCCCUGACGGGGCCCGAAAACAUGAAAUAGAAAUGAUUUGUGGAAUCUUGUCUUACAGUUGCUUAUAGCAUGAAACGUUUUUAUACUUCAGGUCUGUAGUCACAAAGUGGACAAACACGAUUCAUCUUCAAACCGCUGUGUGUGAGUGUGUCAGGGGUGUGUGUGAAAGACAUGAAAAUGCUUUGCUAACUAGCCAGGGUCCCCAGGCUAAACCCUGCUUCGGGCCGCCAGAUGUCCAGAACCUCCACUGACCAGUGAAAUGUUGGGAGUCCAUGGAGAACACCGUGUUCUGGAGAUGCUUUGUCAGGGCUUCACUUCAGCCACAGCAGGCCUCUGACUUAUUUACCCCCUAAAAGUCUUCAGCUGCUUCCGCAGUAUGCUUAGGGUCAUUACCCACCUGCACUGUGAAGCGCAGUCCUGUCAUUUUGUAGCAAUUGUCUGAAUGCGAGCACAGUGUCGUCAAUCCAUCUUGUUCUUCUGUCAGCAGCCACAUCGUCAGCAAGCACCAGUGAUCCUGGUUAGAUUGGCAGCCGUGCAUGCCCAUGCCAUGCUUGACACAUGAUGUCAGAUGCUGUUCUUUUCCUUCAACUUAUGUUUCUCUUCCCGUAAUUUGAUCCGAGUUCAGUCCAAAGAAUGGGAUUCCAGGACACGGGGCGGGGGGUUUCCUGGCUAAAGUUGAAUGUGGCUUUUGUGAGCAUGAAUGCUGCCUGUGGUUUGCACCUCGGCACAUUCACCAAGCUGUGAUUAUACAUUUUUCAACUUGACUUCUGCUGAUGUUGUGAUGCUUUUUCAUCAUCAUUCAGAGCAUUUUUUGUCACCGUCUUCCAGGUCUUUUAAACUCACCAGUGUGGCAUGGCUCAGGUGGUAGAGUAAGGGUUGCUAGUUUGAUCCUCUGUCCUCCCGUGACCAUGUCGGAGUAUGCUUGGGGAAAAUACUGAACCCCCAGUUGCUUCUGAUGCUGCGUUGUCAGUAGGUAAAUGUGCUAACAGUGUCAAGUGCUUACAGCUUACGUACGUAGUUCUAUAUAUUUCAAGAAAAAAAUCUCAGCUUUGUGAUAUAGGUGAAAAAGCGUACGAACUACAUGUCAACUUUCGCUCUUUGCUCUAUUUUUCCCAUUUUUCCUUUUUAAAAAAAAAAAUUUACAAACUUUCUUCUUAAAUAAUAAUAUAUAAUAUUUUGAAAUUAUUCCCCUAAUAUUUUAACUUCUUAUCCAACCUAAUUAAAAAAACACCUUUAUUUUGUUUUGUUUGUUUCUCAUAUUACUACUUUUUUUUAAACGACUUUUCAACUCUAUGUUACUAAAAUUAAAUUAUGUUUCCACAUAAUAUUACAAGUUCAUUAUCUUUUUUUUCUUAGAAUACAUUUUUCUGUUAAUAGGUUGAUUUUAUUCUCUUAUUCUCGCUUUUUUUUUUUUUUUUACAUUUUCCAUUUCCACAUUUAACAUUUCAACUUUUUGCUUGUAAAAUGUAUUGCCUUAAUUAUGACUUUAUUACCAUAAUAUUUUGUAUUUUGACUUUAUUCUACUAACAGUAUCAUUUUUUCCACAACCUAAAUUUCCAGAAAAUUACAACUUAGUUGUUUUGUUUGUUUCUCAUAAUAUUAAUCCAUAAUAUUCAUACUUUUUUCUUUAAUAUUUCAACUUUGCUUUAUAACUUUAUUGUGAUGUUAUUCUUGUAAAGUUACAACUUUUUUCUCCUAAUAUUUUGACUCUAUUCUUGCAAAAUUAUAGCUGAUUUUUCUUUUUUUUUUUUGUUUUUUUCUUGUUAAAUUAUAUUUUUAGAAUGUAAGCAUGUAAGCCAGUCAUAAAACAGACCCCCCAGUAAAUGACCCCCAGGCCGCACUUUGGACACCCUUGGCUUAGUGUAUCUUGAAGUUGGUUCUCGGCCAAAUGACAGUGAUUUCCGGAAACACGAGUCAAAGAAGGUGGCAGCAUUUCGCCUGAGAAUAUUUCUAGUUGUUCGUCGUUUGCAAGGGUAGCUUACUGGUGUUUGGAAGAGAACUUGAAGUACAUCAGUUGUACCUCUGAGUUUGGUUAGCCCUUGAGCAAGAGGCUCUCACGACAAUUUGUAACCUUUCAGGACAACACCACGUUAAAAGCUGGAGGCAAUGUCUUACAUCAGAAUUUUCUCUCCCUUUUCGUCUUUGUGUUGGAUAAAGUACUUGGUGUGGGAAAGAUAAUGAGCUCCUGACAUCCAGCUUAUAAAGUGCCAAACCCUCUUAAUGGACAUAAUUGAGUGAGCUGAAGUAAAAUUCAUUAUGAACGUAUUAUAAUAUGUCUCUUGACUUAUGGCAUGAAGAAGACUUUGACUAGAGUAGGUUUAACAAAUAAAUAUUACAUUUGGAAUUAAAUGUAUUCAGCGCUUAUUCUGUUCAGGGUCACAGUUGUGCUUGAGCCUAUCCCAGCUGACUUUGGCCGAUCCUAGUUUGACUUUCCCAGCUCCGUUGCGCAUCUAUGAGGUCAUCAGCGGCUGCCUCUGUAGUUCUUUGCUAGCUAACACGGUAACAUAACAGCACAAGCCUCUAAAACUUAAAACACGUUUUUAUAGUUUUACAAUUAGAGUUUUACAUGCAUAAAACAACUCUAAAUACAUAAAAAUGACAAAUGAAAGGGACAAAUGAACAUAUAAGGUUACUUUUACCUUCACUGAAGACAUGUUAGACGGGCGACGCAACUGGGGGACAAUGACUUCCACUUCCGAUAAGCUAACACAAUGCCAACAAGGAAGUUCUGUGAUGAAAAUACGUUGAGAACACAGUUGGACUCACGCUGUGUAUCAAUGACGCGACAAGACGUAGGCUAACUGGAAAACAUAUGCGAACCGAGGCGAACAUUUCUGCCGUAAACCGUAUGCUAACCGAGGUUUCGCUGUAUGAGUUUAUACAGUGUUUAUUUUGUUGCGGAAAGCGGAUACAGCAAAUGCCAAUGAAUCUUUUAUCACUGAUGGGACUCAAGAUGGGACACAGAUGUUCACGCAGGACAGAGUGCUGUUUUGCUAGGUUGUAUAUAACUGAGAGGCAAACCUCAUAUUUUGGCUACUGUGUUGAACUACAUUAGAGGCACACAACCGCAAUAUUAAUACCGUUCAAUAAUUACCCAGUGCCAUUUCAAACGAGACGAUGACUUAUCAUCAACUCUAUUUCAUUCAUCCCAAUGAGUGGUGAGGUGACUUCAAAGUCAUUGUUGCAAUUAUCCAGUUCAUUUCAACUUGAGUGCGGCUGCUUUAGUAUCACAUGGGCACGCAGAAGGUGAUUAAUGUGCAUCUGUUUCCUCUGGGUGCCAAACUACACCUGUUUCUAUUUUAUUACAUUGAUCUAGGAGAUAUCAAUGAUGGCAUGGGAACAAUUGCAGACAAGUAAAGGAGACGUACUUAGAAUUGAGGGAGUGCUUUUAGAGGUUAUUCGCUUGUGGGUAUAUCUACACAGGGAUGUGUGUUUUGUGUGUGUGUAAUAUCCUUGGGGAGUACAGCCAAAGCUUCCCUUUUGCUCUCCACUUUCUAAUCAAUAGCUUGAAUUCCAUCAUGUAACCUUACUGCACAAAAUGCAUUGUAUCUGUUUUGUCAUAAUGAUAAAAACAAAAAAAAAUUGUACUUUUUAAUGGCUUUUGGCACAGUGUAAUAGAUAUAAGUAAUUCAUUAUAUAUAUUGUAAGAUAUUAUACUAAUUUGACACAAAGCUAAAAUGUCGAUGUUUUGUUUACCGAGCUUCCGUAUCCUUCAUUUCUUCUGUUCUUUGCGCGUCCACAACUCACUCAGCUCCCCUAGCAACAGAACACUUUCACAUCAACAAACACAAGUCUUACAUACAGUAUGUCCUAUUUUCUCUUAUUAUGGCUACUAUAUUGGGUAGUAGGAGUGUAAAGGUGACUAUAGGGGUGUUAUUUCAUGUCUGGAGGGAUCCAAUAAUGUUAAAAACCGCAUUAUCAUGAACAAGUUCUCCAUGCUCUAACUAUGAAAACAUUCCAUUUCACUUAUCACGGUCGGGUCUGGAACCGAUUAAACGCGCUAAACGGGAGAUUACUGUAUACAUCCCUCGAAGGACUAUGUUGGACAACCCUAACUGUGUGAUAACCAGCAUGCCUGCAAGGAAAACACAGUGUACUGGUCACUAUUUGAUGGACAGCUAUAAUGGAAUGCACCAGCAAGCUAAUAGGAUGCCACCUCUGCAGUUCCAUCUGCAGUCAUCCUUCUUACUUUUAUCCAAACUGCCAAUUUGUCCAGUUUGCCUUUCUGUUUCCAUCUCUCCUGUUGUCUUUUCUCUUUGCUCUUCCUGAACUGAAUUAUGAGCCGUUGUCUCCCCCGAUGCCUUGUGAUUGAUUGGGUUUUCCAGCUAACUAAUGAAUUGGUCCCUGAAGGACCUGAAUGGACCAUCUUUGGUAGUAAUGUGGAUGCUGCUGAAGACAGCUUAAAGACUCCUGAUGCCACAGAUUUUGUGCUUACUGUGAUUAUUUAGAGAUGGUGGGAGCCAUUACGGAUAGCCUCACGCUUUAUCUCAUUGGGAAAUCCCCCAAAGAAAUUAUCGUCUGUGUUAAAGUUGUGAAUGUUUAGGAGGAAAGCGUAUAAAAUACUGACCGUGUUUUGUAUGAAGUAAAGUGCAUAUGGCUUUUUAAAGUAUUUCAGUGUUCAGUAACAUACUUUUAGUUUCAUGCCUGAUUACAAUGCGGCACAAAUUCAGCAGUUUUCAAGGAAUAAUUGAUUAGAGGUGUGCUUAUGCCACACUUUCAAACGUAUUGUUUUCUUUGCGUCGAGGCCUCUCAUCCACAAGCGAACAUAGGUUUUUGUCCUUAAAUCUGAGCUUUUAGAAAAACUCUGGCUCGUGUUUAUGUGUGAAUGGCUAAACAAAAAUAAAUCACACUGUUCCAUGAGGUUUGUAAAAGUGUACGCUGAUUUUAAAAAUAAUGUAGACAUCGUUGUACAUCGAAUCUAUCACUAUUUUGCCGGGGUGCACGAUAAAUACUGGAAGGAUUAUUAUCGGGCAGAUAUGAUAAAUCUGAUAACAUUAAAAAUUGCUCAGAUAACCGCACAUUUUUAAGAAUGCUCCAAUGAGACCAGCUUACCUGUACUAAUCAUCCACCUGAAACGCCAGCUUUGCUACGAUGCCUGGGGCUUGUUCCUAUCGAGAUGGCGUUUGAAAAGUGCAAACAAUUUGCCAGAGACUAGGGCUAAAGCGAUUUGUGAUUUCAUCAUGAAAAUGAUGGCACUGAAUGGACAGCCCUUUGCCAUCGUUGAAGAUACCAGCUUUUGUCGGCGAGUAAACCCCCUGGAGCCACGGUUUGUACUUCUGAGCUUUUAAAUUUUUUUUCAUGUUUUGUUAACAGUAGUGAUGUCACGAUAUUUGGUAAGGAGAAAUCUACAAGUACAGUUUGUGAAAUCCAACAUUGUUUGAGUUGUUCUUACCUCCAGGUGUGCACAAACUACAGGUAAAUCUAAAUUUAAAAAAAAUAAAAGAUAUAACUGUUAUAUAACAGUUAUUGUUAUCGGCCUUGAGAAGCAGGAAGUUAUCGAUUUCAGUUUUGGCUACUAUUUGAUGAACAGAUGUGUUAUAAUUCAUGACCUAGUACGCUGUGGUCACUUUUUCAGGUUUCUGAUUGACCGAAAUGUGCAUGACAGCCGGUAAAUGUGUUUUUAUGUGGACAGACGUAUUCGUUUUUGUAAUUAUAUAUUUUUACUCACAAAUAUGCGUUUUUAAAAAUAUCCAUGUUCGUAUGAACAUGGCCUUACAGUAGUAAAAUAAUAGCUUCCAAAUCAUUUUGAAGAUACAUUUUGAAGGUUUUUUUAGACGUUCAAAUAAUUUAUUUCCAGACAACCUAAAAUAUUUACUGCGACUUCAACUUAACAGUACAGUUCUUACCUGAUCUGGUGUUGGUCAUGACAGCUUCAUCCUCCAUUAAAUCAUUCAUUUUCGACAGAUAAUCCCGUUCAGGGUGACCUUGGACUGGUCACCAGUCAAUUACAGGGCAUUUAUUGUGUGGACAAACAAUCGUUCACAUCCAUGGACAAUUUAGAGUGUCCACUUCAUCUAACAAGCAUGAUUUUUGGACUGUUGGAGGAAACGGGAGAACCCAGAAACCAAGCACAGGGAAAACAUGCAAACUCCACGCAGAUACAGUGUUUUUUCUGAGCCAGGGUAUGACUUAGCACCAGUGCUUUGCCUUUUGAUCACCAACAGUGCCCGAGUGAAGUACUUGAACUGUGAGGUCAAUUCCUUUAUUUUCCUUUAUUUCCAGGUAUUCCAGGAAUGCACAACUUAGAAGAUGUCACCUUUUGUUUGAACCCACCCAUUUGUCAUGUCAGCGAAAGUAUCGGAACAUGUUACUGACAGAUGUGCUUUUUGCCCAGGUGUGUCCUAUUCAUUACUUAUUCAAUCAAUACAUAACGAUGUGAAAACCAUUGAAAAUGUAUAUGGUGAAAAACAAGCAAAUCUGAGAGAAGAUGGAAAAUCAGUCAGAACAAACAAACAAAUAUGACAAAAGGAGAAAAUGUUGCAUAAAAGUCAUAUUUUGAUUCGUUUGUGAUCAACGUUAUCUGUUUAGCUGUCAGUCACUCCCUAUCAGCAUCACGGUGGUACAUGAAUGUUAACAAAAGUGCAAAUGAAAUUCACUUUCAUUAAUAUUCAUUAGUAGUCCACAUUCCUCACUGCACUGUUUGAUGGAUGUUCUGGCUGGUGUUGCAAAAUAUUUUGGGGCAUUUCCGUAACUGUUGUCCAAUUACAUCAAAAUAUGGCUUUUGCUAACCUAAGCUAUACCCAUAGUGUGAGUUAUAAGCAGAUAUGUACUAUAAAUUUGAUUGAUAUUGCCAUCUAGUCAAAUAAUGACAAACUAACCUUGUUAUGAUAUGCAACAAGAAAGGUUGGUCUUGAUAUUUUUAUACAUAUUAUAUGAAUUUGCAUGGCUGUCCUAUGCAUAUGCCUGCGUCUACAUUGUUCAAUGGGUAAAUAUGGGAGUAAAUGCUAUUGGUCAUUGAGACCAUUAAUCUGCGGCUCACCUUCACCACCAUGCAAUGCGUCAUUUGAACAGUCCUCCGUUUCCUCUCAUCAGACCUGAAUGAGUAAGUUUUGUUCAUGAUACAAUCACUCCACGGAGUAGAUUAAAGCCUGAAAUGCACACCAAUCCAGGAUUCAGUGCAAAAUAACCGGUAAACACUCCCUCAGACUAUUAUUUUUAAGGUUUCUAGUACCAGCUGCCAUGACAAAGUGUAGUCAGGAUAGUGUAGUUAAAUGUUGAUGUAUAUUGACAAUUUUGUGUGCUUUUACAAAGGACAGCACAAGGUUCAGACGUCCUGGAAUACCUGGAUGCCAGAUGCAACAGGAGCGGCUUCAGAGCAGAGUAGGAGUGGCCAGGAGUUAACCACCUCUGUGAUGCACCACAAGAGAGAAAAUUAGCUGACAACACGAGCGCACUUCUUGGGCUUGUGUUGAGGGGCACCUAAAUUAACAUGCCCAGACAAAACCUAUCUACCAAUUUCUGUGCCUUUUUUUUUUCAAAGUUCAUCACGUCAGGGUUUUUUUUUUUUUAAAGUCCUCAGUCUACGAACGAGUUUUAUUCUUACAACUGCAAUGUAAGUGCAGUUUUAUUGUGAGUCAGCAUUUACGCCUAAAUGAUUCAUAAAUUAUAAAAUAACACCGAGGUCACCAAGGUGUACAAGCUCAUACUGUACACACGACACAUGAAUGACACAUUUAAUAAAUAAAUAAAUAAGAACAACUUGUUAAUUUUAUCCCUGGGGAUGUCUUGCACACUGUAAGGGGGGUUGCAAAGGAGGGAGAGACAGGCUUAUUUAGAGGAAGAAGUCUCGGUAAUGAGAGCACUGCUGAGCAGUCACUGUCCAUUUCAAAGGAGCAGAUCCUUUCACAUGUUCAAAGAUACCAUCUUUAUCCUUCAUGAUGGUUGCGGUGUUUAAUGGGCUUGGACCGGACAUGCAGCCAUUGUUUUUUUGGCGUUUCUCCACUUUCUGAGCUUUCACAAUCUCCAAUUUCACUUCACUUUUUACUUUCUGCAUCAGAAUCUGCAUCUAAAAAGGGGAUCUAGUUCUCUUUUCAUUUUGUACAUCGUUUAUGGGAGUGCGUUUGUAACACGGAUCGUCGUAACAUGAGGACCGCCGGUGUGUCUUUGAUACAUUUUGCACUUUGUGUUUAAUAAAGACAAUUUUAUAAUUGAGGAAGCGUGUUUGUCUUCAAUUUGCACUGGAAUAGGAUAAUACCAGUAAUCCCUCGUUUAUCACGGUUAAUUGGUUCCAGACCCAACCGUCCUGAGUAUAUUUUUGCGAAGUAGGAUUCAGUAUUUAUAUUCUCCUUGCUAUAGCAUAGAAAACCUGUUCACGACCUUCUAAAUAUUUUUUUUGAACAUAAUUAUUCAGAUUUACUCUUGUAUUACCCAAUAUAGUAGCAAUAAUAAGAGAAAAUAAGACAUAAAUAAGACUCAUGCUCGUGUCUGUCGCAGUGUUCAGGUGCUAGGGGAGCUGCGUUGCGCCUAUUGUGAGAUCAUUCAGUAUAAAAAAUAAAAGCCUGUUGUUCCUGCUUGUGUGUCUCGCUGAACAUAACAGUAACAUUACUGACACCUAGUGACCUGUGUAGAAUCUUACAUGUCAUCGCGUCUGAAUGCCUUAUACAGUAUCCAUCCAUCCAUCCAUCCAUCCAUCUUCUAUACCGCUUCUCCUCUGGAGGGUCGCAGGGGCAUGCUGGAGCCUAUCCCAGCUGACUUCGGGUGACAGGCGGAGUACACCCCGAACUGGUCGCCAGCCAAUUGCAGGGCACAUAUAGACAAACAACCAUUCACACUCACAUUCAUACCGAUGGACGAUAUAGAGUCACCAAUUAACCUAACGUGCAUGUUUUUUUGGACGUGGGGAAAAACCCACGCACGCACGAGGAGAACAUGGAAACUCCGCACAGAAAUGCCCAAUGGAGAAUCGAACCCAGGUUUUCCCGAAAUCCAGACUGCUACUGUGUUGGUCAACAUGCUAACCACUAGACCACCGUGCGGCCCGCCUUAUACAGUAUGUGUAUUUUAUUUCAUUUAGCCAUUUUUAGUCCUGGAAAUACUUAAUUUAGGUGAAAAAUACGUAACAUUUGCUUGAAUAUGCAUAUUUUUGACUAAUAAUAGACCGUAUUCAACCAUGAAACAGUAUCAUUUAUUAAUUAAUAUAGUUUAAAAAAAUACAAUAGAGUGAAACUGCAAAAUUCAAAGAGUGACGUGGCGAGGGAUUACUAUAUACCUGCAUGAUGUGUCGAUGUUUGAACUAUAAAUACACAGUGCAGAUAUCAAGGAUGUCCCCAUCAAUACUUUUCUUUAGGACAGCCCCCCAGAGUGAAGUUGAGAGCAGGCCUUAGCUUCAGUCUAUUUAAGAAUGCAUACAUGCAUAAAGCAGUUAAUGUGCCAUCAGAAAGACAAAAUGGUGCAACAAAGUUGCCCUUACGUGAGUCCCUUCUGUAUUGCAACCUUCUGGUAACGCUUGGACAGGAGGCUGAAUGUUCACAUACUGAAUCUGCCUGUGAGCUCCUCAAUAAAAUCAUCCCCCAUGUUCCUCACAAAUGUUAUGAAGUACACAGUGGGGCGUCGCCAUUUUCUUGCUGAGCUUAAUUUUAGAGUAAUUUAUUUUCAGAAGGCCCAUCCAUGUUCCUUUCGAUAUCUCCAGCGCCACAUCUGCAACCGGUCUUUCACUGCUCAUCCUACAAUUGUAGGUAUGCUUUUCAAGGGACAGCCCGCUAGUGUUUGGAAAGGGUUUCAUGAGCAACUUCUGCACUGAGUGUGCUGGAUCACCAGUGAGGUAAUGUCCAACAUCAUUGCCAGUUUGUUUUCCCCCAUUAACUGUCCAUACUUACAACGUCCCCCAAGAACACUGGCAUCAAGCACACUCCCUGGGAAGCUGACACACACGUGCCAUAGGAGUCUUUUGCUAUCCACAACCGCUUGCAGAACGCCUGAAUGCCAUCCUUUGCGGUUAUACAGUAGUAGUCUCAAGGAUAUUCUCUUGGUGCAAUUAUUGGAAUGUUGCUGCCAUCUUUGGCAUCAGGAAUCAUGGCGUGUACAGGAAGCAGAAGCACCCUGAUGACAGCAUGGCAAAAUUCCUGGACACAGAUGAACACGUUCUCAGGCCUGCUACAAAAAGAUGGCUAAUGGUCCUGUAUUCACUGUUUCCAGAUGGCAAUUGUGACCAACUUUUGGCCUGGGAUACAUACUGUAAGCAGUAAUGUGUGUUUUCUUUCCUCCUGGAAGGCCCUGGUUUGAUCGCAGAUGUACCGGAAUGUCAUCCCCUGUUGCGCGGUGAAUUCCUUUACCAUGGAGUCCCAAAAGUUGGACAACCUCGGCCUCGCCAUCAGCAAUAACGUGAUCUAUAACAAGUCACAUACAUGCUAUCAAAUGCCUUAUUACGUCCAUCUAACUGCUGUGUCAUCAGUGCAAGCAUAGCGGCGGAUAAGUAGCCAAGCUACAGGUUGUGGUUAACAAUGGCUAGCAAUUACACAUUUAUUUGAAAUUUCAAAUGUAUAAUUAUCUUUUGCUGCAAUAACAACAGAGACAGCAGCGAAUAUGAUGAUAGGUGGCCAGUAAAAGUUGAUCAGUCCAUCUCUUGCAGCACUUGCAUGGUCACAAUGAGCUCCUCCAUCUUCAAGCAGAUGGAAUGUGGGAGUGGUAAGUGGAUUGUGUUUUACAUUGACGGGCAUCUGUGGUGACGUGGGAGUUUAGGUAAGCACCGAAGUAGAACCUGGUUAUCUUGGGUGGAAAAGGGCUAAGAGAAGUCCAAAGCUAAAACCUCCUGGCUAUGAACCAGACGUGCUGAGUCAGCCUUCAUAUGUAUUAGAAUCCUUCAUUUUUACACCUCCGUGUUUCUCAUAUCUGUCCAAAGAUGAGGCCUCAUCAUCAGAGUGAUUUAUUUUUGGCGCGGUGUAGUUCAUGUUCAUCAACCCUGGGAUGACAGCUACUAUAUUAUCACAUCAUAUUUAUGGCAUGUUUAUUGUUUGACCGGUACUUCUGUAACACAUCACGUCACUCAGAUGCACGUGACUUUUUUUUUUUUUUUGAAACUGCAGAGAUCAUCAUGCUGCUAUAACAAUCCAGACAAAUUGUGCCCCUGUCCACCAGAGGGAGGCUGACAUCACUGCACCGCCCUGGCGGGCACCAAUGAAGCGCUUUGGAUGAAGUGCAUUACGGGAAAACGUUAAAAUAUAUAUAUAUUUUUUUAUUUUCAACUCAUAUUGGUACUUGCAUUGUAUAUUUCCUACCCUUUGAGUGUUAAGUUGCUGUGUAAUGAGUUUAGCUUUCUUUGUAAAAUGACACAGUGACACUGUAAUUACUUCCUGCGAUUUCCAAUGGGUUGACAAGCUCAAUGUGACUUCACGGAUAGCUCGUGAUUGGCUCCUGCCGAAAAAAGAACAACGGUUUCCUCACUGACCUGCGAGCAGCACAGAAUUUAAACGAUUAGUAGUAGUUCUGAAGUAAUCCAGAUGUCAUGGGAUUAGAAUUUAGCCAUAAUUAGCUGCACUGUGGUAUAAGUCGCAGGUGUUCAAAGUUUUAAAAAAAAGGUAGUGGCUUAUACACUGGAAAUUACGGUACAUGCUAGGGCCUGCAGAAUUAUGAGUGUGCUUACAUUCAUUCCUUUGAAGUGAUUUUUGUUUCUGUCUUAAUAAAUGAUGCACAUUGCUUGUGAAAGCAUCUUGAUACAGAUACUGAUCACCAAACAAAAAAGUUGUAUGAAUUGGCAAACCAAGUGGACACUCAAGUGAAUUGUGUACCUUCUGUCGUCUGGUGGAGCAACAUUUAAUUGUUCUGCCUAAAAAAGGUAAAGUCAAUUCAUCACUUUCCAACCAAUUAAGAGAAAUUGGAUUAUUUCCGGCGGCACAUGUGGCUGUGAAUCACUGGUCCAAAGUAUGAGUGUGCCAACGGUGUAGGUGUUUCAUGUUUGCUGAUUUAUGAAAAUGGGCAGUACAGCUUGUAAAAUAUCUAAUUCUUAGUCUGAUGUUAUUGCUGUCUGCAUAUUGCAUAGGGUCAAUGUUGCCUACUGCCUAAAUCAAAGGUAUUUAAACUAAUUGAUGUUUGUUAACAGUAGCUUUGUUUUAGUUCAUUUCAGACGUCCUGGAAUACCUGGAUGCCAGAUGCAACAGGAGCGGCUUCAGAGCACAGUAGGAGUUAAUUUGCUGCAGUUUUUGAUGUACGCUACAUAAUCAUUGAAUAAACCAUUACAACUGGGACCUACACAAAUACAGGCAUGCGUAAACUGAAACAGUGCAUUUUGUUUUCCUCGUGAUUAAAUAAUGCAUUUACCUUGUGUGAGUAUUUCUAAACGGCUACACGGGUUAUGGAACCACUGAUGGCGUACUUCCACAGAACUACUGUCUAUCUCUGCUUUGAGAACAGGAACCCAACAUCAACAUGGAAAUCAACAUCUUUAGAGAGGAUUGAUUCCCCAUUUAAUAUAUCAGUGUUUAUUUUUCUUGUUUAAUUUUUUACAUUUGCCUUUUAGUCAACCACUCUAGGAACUUCCAGUCCAAUUGCAGACUGCCGUUCUGUCUCUCAUUGUCUAUAUGAUACAUAUGUUAUGUUGUUUGCUUUGCUUGUCACAACAUGUGUUUUGCAUUUUGGAGCGUCAUAUGGUGCACCUUCGAAAUGUCAACUGCCACUCGUCGAUCUGCUUCCACAGUGGAACAUGUGCGAGAUGCCUCGGAGCGCUGUAGUCUGUGGUUCCACUCAGCGCAUGACGCAUGUUUUCAUUCAGGUUUCCGCUUCUGUUGGUAUGAUACAACAAGCGUAUUUGUGUGUGUCUGAGGCAGCAGAAGAGAAAGAGCCAAGAUGAUCUUUUUGUUCAAAUAGCGGGUGUUUUGUUACCCAGGGUUGGGUAUCGUUUACAUAUUAUCCCAUACCGGUGCCAAAUAGGUGCUUUUGAACCACGUAUGUCCAAAAACAAGGCCUUUUUAUUUGAAUGGAACUUUGUGACAUGCAAGUUGAGCAGAAUAGUAAUUUAAAAAUUUCAGUAAUGCAAAUAAAAUGCUAACUAAAUAAUUUAAAUUCACCAAUAUGAAGUAGAAGCCACAAAAAAUUCAAAGCAAAAAAAAUGCAAGAUUUUUAUUUAGCCUUACUGUUUUGGUGCCGAGUAUUUUUCCUAUUUUACUUGUUACUUCUCCAGAUUAUUUUCUUGGGACAGACCAAGCUCUGUAAUCUUGGCGAUAUAGAAACGUGUGCGAGUUACGACACCUCAUCCACCGCUGGGUGCACUGGUUCCUACCGUUUACAUCGGCACCAGCGGCAUUUCAAUACCGAGUUUCGGUACGCAUCCCCGCUUGUUACAUAAGCUAUCAACAAUUAAAAUGAACACAACAAUUGCAUGCAAAGCCACACUGAGCCACAUUGAGAAAGGCAGAUCUUCACAACAGCAAACGCUGCAUCACAUUUGCAGCUCACUUCGCAGUGGAAGAACUGAGACCAAAUGUUUGUCUGUUAGUGCGUGUGCAUCAGUGACACCUGCAGUGUCUCUUUACCUGUACUGUUAGCAUCUCUCUCUCUCUCUCUCUCUCUCUGCUGCUCGCCAAGCCAGCCAGUGUUGAUGAUGCAUUAGAGAACAGCACGUGUGUGUGUGCGUGUGUGUGUGUUUACAGAGCACAGAGAUUUAAUUGACACCCACAGAGAGAAUUAUACAACCUCUCAAACGCUCUCGCUCUCUGCAUGUGUAUCAUGUUUUUUUCAUCUGUAUGUGCAAAUGCCCACCUGUAAAAGCUUGUGAACACAAUCUCUCGUGAGCACGGAAAGACUUUCUCUCGGUUGUUUCUAGAAAUUGUUGACGUCAGUGUGUUGCCGAUGUGCCCUUAUCAUACUUCCUUCCAUCUCCCAGUGUUACUCAUUCAAUAUUCCCUUUCUCAGGAUCAUCCUGCAAUGGUGCUGCAUAAUGAAGACCUUUAAUCUAUUGUCUCUUUACAACAUGCUCACACACACUCAGGGGAUUCCAACGCAUCCCACAGGCUCUUAUCUGCCUGUGUGUUUUGAUAUGCAUCUGCAUUCACUCACAAGUCUGGAUCAUGAUACUUGCAAGGACCCACUAAUGACUUGCAGUGUGUUUAUAUUGUUGAGAAGACAUUACGGCAUCACUGAAUAAUUGUUAUGGCUGCUUUGCAUUUGUUGCUCAAGGUAAAAGCAUUUUAUCACAUCAACUGGCUGCUGGUGAGUAUUCUUCAUCUCACAAUGACAAUAACAGACGGCAGUUGCUGUGAUGCAGUGAUUCCAAACCACCGUGCUGGUGUGGAAUAGUUUUCUGCAUGCGCAGCUAUAAUUAUUCUAUAUAAAAUGUAUUUUUGUUCAUUGGAACGGCUUCAUUGGAUUUACCUGAUUUCCUGUGGGAAAAAAUGCUUCUGUUGUCGUACAUUUGAGUUUUUGUCGGACCUUUUGGAACAAAUAAAUAAGAAAAACUGAGGUACUGUAUUUGUGGUCGUCUAUGUAUACCAGCGAUGCAUAGUGACAGGCAGAACAACGGAAUUUUCUUCCACUAGGGGGCAGGAAGUACAUCAUUAACCAGUGUAUCCACCUAAAACAAGAGAAAAACACCAUUUUGCAGUGGGAUCAAUUUUUUCCAUUGCUGUAUAUUAGGAUUGCAACGAUACAGGCAUUUGGGCUAUGGUUUUGGAACGUUUUUCGUGCGUAAAGAGAACCACUUUUUUCCUCGCAAAAUUCUCUCUUUAUUAUUAUAGUCAUUAUUAUUAUUAAAUGAUGUGUCCAAUGAAGCGUCGGCAUGAAAUUGCAAUCUACUGGCAGGUAAUUCUCCAAUAAAAAAAUCAAAAUAUUGAUACAGCAAGCAUACAGAAAAAUGUAAGGAUGUGUACAUUAAAGAUGCUAAAAGCAAUCCAAUGUAGGUCAGUGUAUUUUACUAUAAACUAUAGAAGCGUUGUGUUGUCGGUGACAAAGCAAAUGAGUGUAAUAUCUAAUAAUGCUGUAUAUUUCAUUAGAAAGAGCAUAGAACAAGCUGCGGGCCCGCUGGUUUACAUUGUUUCUUUAGGAAGUUGCAAAUGCAACAGUAAGCGUUUGAACAAGGUGACGAUUAUUUUAUUUUGAGUAAAGUUGCAGCGCAAAGUAAAUAAUUGCAGCAGUCGGAACUGCUCUCAUCUCUGCGGAACAAUGGCAGCAUGCUGCUUUCAUCUUUUCAUGUCGCACUAAUCUUUGUCCCUUUACGUAGGCAAAGUGUUCAAAAAUCUCAACGUCAGGGCCAGGAGGUCCGGGUUGCCUCUGCGCAUCGCCAACACAGACGGGCAGGGCUGUUGUCGCCUAUGCUCUCCGAUAUACUGUAUACUCUGUCCUGUAAUCUGUGGCCAAAUGCAUCACCUUUCGUCUGCUUUUAGGCAGGCUGACUGCCCGUCACUUGAAAUAUGUACAGUGUGGGAGAGGGCUUUUCCCCAACUUGCACAGGCACGUGCUUUAACGCAGCAUUAUGUAAUAAUCUUGUACAU